UAGAUAGAUAGAUAGAUAGAUAGAUAGAUAGGUAUUAGAGAAACACGGCAAAAAUAUGGUAAAUACUUUUUAUAGGAACAUUCUUUUCAAUUGCUUAGUUUGUUUUAGUAGUUUUUCAUAUUGUGAAUAAUUUGAGCUUUUACGAAUAUGAAGUUGGUUAUUCUAUUGAAAGAAGAAAAAAAAGACUCGACUCCAACUAUAAUCAAUAUUCGUCUUAAACGAUGGGCAGUGGUUCAGAGUGGAUCUGGGAGAAGAUGCAGUCUCAUUGGAUGACAGAGAGGAGGCUGUAGUGUCAGGUGAUGCGGCGGCAGCCACCACUCUGUUCUCUGUCAACCCGGAUGCUGAGCCAUGACUGUUGGCAAUUCAGCCCAGUGCGCAUCGCUGUAGGCAGACCCAGGGGGGCGUCAUUUUUUUACGGUACACUAGAAGCCGACAGCCCCCCACCACCACCACCACAUCUACGCUUUGGCAAUCAAAGGGCUCCGCAUCCCAACCCUGGUGGAGUGGAUCGGGGACGUUCGGUCAAACUACUACAGGAUGCUACAGCCGCACCAUUGAAGGAUAACGCCUUCCCGUUCUUGCAAAAAUCGUGACCGCUCACGGUAGAGUAAGAGAAGAGAGGGAGUAAAGGAAAGAGGGAGCAGGGAGAAUUACUAGUGGGGGAGAGAGAGAGAGAGAGAGAGAGAGAUGGCGGAGUGCGGGCGGAAGGCGCUGUCUCUCCUGGAGGCGGCCCGAUCCCGGUACGAGAGCCUGCAGAUAUCCGACGAUGUGUUCGGCGAGUCCGGGGAUGACAGCAGCGACAACCCCUUCUACAGCACCUCCGCUGACUCCGACUCGGACAACUACAUCGCCGAAGUGGGCGAGGAGCAGCAGGGGCACCACCACCAUCACCAUCAUCAUAAACGGGAGAGCGGGCACGGUGCGGGUUCAGGAGGAGGUGGAGGAGCAGGUCCUCCGGGCUCUCUGUCCCGGAGUCAGGCGGAGGAGGAAGGAUGGACGGAGAACCUGCAGGAGGUGACGAUGCCGCCGUACAAGGAGACAUACGGCCCGGCUCAGAAGAUGCCGGUCACUGCCUCGGCCCUGGACUUCUUCCAGCUCUUCGUCCCCGACAACUGCAUCCAGAACAUGGUCACCCAGACCAACAUGUACGCCAAGAAGUUCCAGGAGCGGUUCGGCUCAGAGGAAGGCUGGCGCCCCGUCACCGUCCAGGAGAUGAAGGCCUUCCUGGGCUUCGUCACCUCCACCAGCGUGCACCGCUGUGAGUCGGUGCUCAGUAUCUGGAGCUCGGGCUUCUUCAGCAACCGGACCAUCGCCUUGAAGAUGAGCCAGGCGCGCUUCGAGAAGAUCCUGAAGUAUUUCCACAUCGUGGCCUUCAGGCCGUCACAGGGAAGCAACCAGGGCCUGUACAAGAUCCAGCCGUUCCUGGACUCACUGCAGCAGUCGUUCAGCUGCACCUUCAGACCUUCACAGACACAGGUUCUCCACGAGCCUUUAAUAGACGAGGAUCCCGUGUUUAUUACCACCUGUACAGAAAGAGAGCUGAGGAAGAGGAAGAAGAGGAAGUUCAGCCUCUGGGUCCGACAGUGCACCUCCACUGGAUUCAUUUGUCAGAUCGCAGUGCACCUGAAGGAAGGCCAGGGCUCGGAGACUCUGGCCACCUUGAAGAACAAGACUCAACUUCACAGUCUGGUGGCCAAACAGCUGUGUCAGAACAUCUCUGGGAAGAACACCAUCGUCUUCACCGGGCCGUCCAUCACCAGUCUCAGCCUUUUCACUGAAUUCAGCAAACAAGAUAUCUUCUGCUGCGGCCUUCUGAGCACCAGGAAGAGUGACUGCACCGGAUUACCCCAAAGCAUGCUGGUCUGCAGCUCCACACCGGCGCAGCGCGGCCAAUCACGGGUGAUGAUGAAAGGCAGCAUGUCACUGAUCAGCUGGUACAACAAGGGACACUUCAGGUUCCUCAGCAACGCAUACUCCCCAACAAAACAAGGUCUGAUCAUAAAGAGGAAAAGUGGAGAGGUUCCAUGUCCACUGGCUGUGGAGGCUUUCGCAGCUCAUCUCAGCUACAUCUGCAAAUAUGAUGACAAAUACAGCAAGUACUUUAAACUUCCACAAGCCAAACAAAACCUGGCAGCAGGUGUUCUGGCUGAGCAUCAGCAUCGCCAUCAACAACGCCUACAUCCUCUACAAGAUGUCUGACGCCUACACUGUCAAACGCUACAGCCGAGCGCAGUUCGGAGAGAGACUGGUCCGAGAGCUGCUGGAUAUAGAAGAUUGCUUCUCCACACAGUGAGGAGGAGAAAGAGGAGGAGGGGGAGAGGAAAAAACACAAAGCCCACGCGUCAAUUUAAUACUGAAUACUGGCGAUAUUACUGAAGCAGUGCCAAGCCUUUGUUGCUCUUCCUCUCCUUUUGUUUGUGGUACUGCAACAUAUCCCUAAAUACACUGCUACACAUUAUCGAGAGUUAUAAGGUAUGGGAGAGUUCCCCUCCCUCAUCUUCAACUUCACACACACACACACACACACACUGAGGAAGAUAAAAAAAAAAGUCCAGCUCACAAGAAUUGACCAUAAAAUGCUGCCACUUCUAUUAUUUUCAUGUCUUAUCAAAGAAUGAAAUGUCUGAAGUUAUGACGUAGCCAUAGUGUGAAAAACACUACAUUUUCAUGUAGUCUGAUAUUUUCAUUAUGCAAAAAAAAAAAAA